CGGCAGCGAGAUUCCAGGCGUUCCUUCCAAGAAACCCGCCGGCGCAGCUGCAGAGUCGGUUAGUGAAGCCAGUGAAGCCGGUCUGUCGGAUCGGGGAUCGAAACCGGUACCAGAAGCGGCCGCAGGGGAGCCGGCCGACAUUGCAUCUGCUGGCCAUCCGGUUUCCGCUCAGGUCGUUUUCUACGACCAGCCGACCUUCCCCGGCCAUUUCUACGUGGCGGAUUGCCGCAGGUGGAUGAGCGUGGUGCGCGGAGGAGUAGAGGACGGUUCAGAUGGGUCGGAGGGGCUAGACGAGGAAGGCCUUGGAGGUCCGGGUAGCACGGGUUCGGAAAAAAAGGCAGCGAACGCGGCGAAUGAUGCGAAUGGUGCGGUUACCACGUCGCCGAGGGGGUCGCCAGGCGAGGCGGGGCGGGUGGGCGUGUGGCUACGGUCGUUCUGGGCCACCUCGGGGCACAUUGAACCCCCCAGGACGCAGAGAGCCAAGUCGCGCGGAUACGUGAGUGCUGGGGCUGCCAUCAGGUGGUUGCAGGGGUUCAGAUCGCGCAUGUUCUUCCUUGGGAAGGCAACACCCAAGCCCAGCAAGGAAGCUGACCCUGGUGCAAGCACAGACCUUUUAGAAGCAACGGAGCCUCCCAGCCUUAUCCUAGGCAAUUCGGCUUUCGACAUCAAAUCAGCUUCUGACGUUAAACCAACAGGGACUUUUGUAGUGGAGAGCAUGCAAGGCAUCUCAAAAAGGACACUGGGCGAACCAGGGGUUUCACAGGAGGAGCUGAAUCAGGGAGGGUUGGGCCAGGGGAAGGCGGAACUGGGGCAGGCUGCAACUGGUCCAGAUUCACUGCACCAGCAGCUUCUGGGGCCGCCUGUGCGGGAGAGUGCGAAGCAGGCCAAGGCAGUUGAAGAUUUGGGAGGAGCAGAGGCAGCUGUAGCGACUGCUGAGCCUGUUAAAGAGAGGGAUGCAUUAUGGGGGACGGUUUUGGGGGUCAAGGGUGGGGAUACGAAGCAGGAGGUGAUUUUAGAGGGGGAGAUUGUAGAAGAGGACGAGGAUCCUGCUGCGUUGGAUUCUGUGGGGCAUGUUGGGCGGCUGAGUUUGGUUGUAGCGGCUCAAGUUGCUGCUGCGCCUGUGGCGCUGCUGCUGCUGUUACAGGAAGCUGGGGUGGUUACCAUAUCGCUGGUUACUUCUACUGGCCGGGCGGCGACUGCUGCUCUGAAGAGCAACUCUGCCACCAUAGUGCUACUAAUCUCCCAGCCUAUUGGACUCAAACUCAAUGAUGAGCUCACAGCUGCGUACGGCGCCCUAUCCUGGCAGGCGCUGCAGGCUUGGGCUAGCUUCGGCGGCGCGUAUGGCUCGGUACUUCCCUACCUGGCAGUGCUGGUGGUUGGUUCGGCAGGGCUGUUUAUGGGAAUGUCGGCCGCAGUGGGGGUUAUAGCUGACCUGGUGCUGCUGUCGAACCUCCAGCUGGCGCUCGUUCAUUGGUGCCUGGCGCCCAUGUAUCGCAUGCAGCUGAAUGCUGUCAUUGCCCUCUGGCGCCUCUUCAAGUGA